AUGAAAGGGUCAAAUUACAGCAUGCAACAUCUCCCCCAAGGUUUGCGCCGGCGCCGCCAACUCGUACGCAUCCUUGCUUUCAUCGCCGUCGCGUUCUUCGUCUUCGAGUUCCUCUACUGGCGACGCUCUGAACCUCGAACAGAGGAUGUACCCCUCCACAACUCCCAUUCCAACCUCGAGAAGAAACCGAUAGGGCGCGUGUUCAUUGCAGCCAACCUGUGGAAAUGCGAAGAGUUGCUUGAGGACCACUGGAUACCUGGGCUCUUCUCCUUGAUCCUCUUGCUGGGCAAGGAGAAUGUCUUUGUGUCUAUAACAGCGAGCCCUGGGCCGGAUCGCACCCUCACAAUACUGGGGACUCUGGAGAAGCAGUUGGAGGAUAUGGGGGUGGAGAACAGGAUUGUUUUGGGAGGACAAACUCACAAGGACGUUGUGAAUAGGAAACCUGAACCUGGAGAGGCAGGGUGGGUGGUGACGCCCAGAGGGAGGACGGCUUUGAGGAGGAUACCGUACCUUGCAAAAGUGAGGAACGAGGUGCUGGAACCGCUGGAGGAUCCCAAGGUGGUCAACGGGACACGGUCGUUCGACAAAAUUCUGUUCUUGAACGAUAUUGUAUUCACGGGGGAAGACGCAUGGGAACUACUACGGACACGAAACGGACACUAUUCCGCAGCCUGUGGGCUCGACUUCACAGAAUACCGACGGUUCUACGAUACCUUUGUCAUGCGCGAUACGAACGGAUGGGAAUUUGCAUCGACACGGUUCCCCAUUUUUGCCAGUGGGCCCAGUCGAGAUGCUAUGCUUCGGGGGGAAAUCGUACCAGUCAAGUCGUGCUGGAACGGCAUCGCCGCGUUCGAUGCUAAGCCCUUCCUCCCGCCUACCUCCCUCCGCUUCCGGGCUAUCGACGAUUCGAUGGCGGCAUACCAUCUCGAAGGGAGCGAAUGCUGCCUGAUACACGUUGAUAACCCCGAGACCGAGAAGCAGGGUGUGUGGGUUAACCCCCGCGUAAGGGUGGCGUACGAGAAGGUGGCGUAUGAUCGGGUGAGGGUGUGGCCUACGAGGGAGGACGAGGUGGUUGGGUGGUUUGUGAGGUUUGGAACGAACCUGUUGCGGCUGCCCUGGCUUAAGGGUGCGAUAAAGAGGAAGAUUGCGAAAUGGGAGAAGGAGGGGCAGAGGAAGGAGCCUGGGUCGUUCUGCGUUGUGGAGGAGAUGCAGGUGUUGAGUAAGACUGGGUGGACGAAAAUUGGAGUGUAG